GUGCAGAGGGCAUGUCCUUGGCAGCCGGAUAUGGCAGUAUGGCCGCCCUUUGCCAGGGGCCCAGAAGCAUCUUCUAAGCCAGUGUUUGCUAUGGGCACCCAGUGUCCCGCAGGACAAGUGUGAGGUCUCUCAGGGGUCCUGUGGAGCCUGAUUUGAGCUGAUCUGAGACCCCACUUCUCCAAGGAAGGAGCAGAGGCAGGUGGACUCCUGGAGCGGGGUCACGCAGGCUCCAGUGGCCCUAGCAUGGCCAGGGACUUGGGUACAGAGGUUGAGGCCCAGCUACCAAGGACAGAAAUGAGGAGCAACCAGGGCCUCAGGGUGGGGCCUGCAGGGCUGCUCCCUGUGAGUGCCACAGUGGCCCAGCAGUGCUGUGGUGACCUGGAAGCCCAACGGCGAGCAGCUCAGCCUACUUGCCCUUCAGAUGACCUCCAUGGCCAGUCAGGGCGCUGAGGCCUGAAUCAGGAAGGCUUACUGCACCCAUGUUUGUGUUGGCCCUGGAGGGAGAUUCGGCUCUGUGGCUCAUCGAAGCACCUGAGGCAUUUGGUCAUAGGCUCAGCCCUGUGUGUGGCUACUGCUGGGGAGGAGCCAGAGUAUCCACUCAACAUGGGCUGGGGCACUGGAUUGCAGCCCAGAAGAGGUGCUGGUCACAGGGGCGGAGGCUUAGACAAGGACUGGUGCCUUGGAGACACGCAGAGCUGCGUCCCUCCAGUUCUGUGAUCUCUGGGGUCCCCAGUACCUUCACCUCCUGCUGGGCUUAAACCAAGACCCAGGAGCCCAAGAGCAUGUGGGCAGCCGGAGUUCACUAGGAGGGUAGGGAUAGGAGGGGCCAGACUCCUCAGGGACAGGGCAGCAGUGGUGGAAGGCUAGGGCAGAGGGCAGGCCCAGGGGGAUGAGGCACUGUGGUUAGCAAAAGCUGAGGACCCCCUUUUCUAUCACAGCCAGUAGGACCGGGCUGCAGCGUGUAAGCAUCCCCGCUCCUGCUGCAGGCAUGGGGCCAGGGCCAGCACGGCUCCCUGAAGGAGAGUGCAAGGCUCUGGUCCAGCCCCUAAUCCCUGUCUGGCUGUAAAGCUUAGAAAAGCAUCUGACCUGCUCCAUGACGAAGAGCACCUCUGAGAUCUUUGCAGAACUUUCCAGAACUCCAGCUGGGCUGACUAUUAGUCUGCCCAAGGAGACAGAUGGCCUGUGAGGGCCACAGUGGCCUUUGCUGGUGAACACUGGACACACUGGGCACCACAGCAGGCCUGAGCCAGGGCAGCCAGUGGGUGUGGAGCACUGCGGCUCCAUGGUGUGGGACGAGCACACAGCAAAUCCAGCAUGGGCCUGACUCUGCUCACGACCACAAGGUGUCACGGCCCCAGCAUGGGCACCUCCAGGGCACCCAGUGCCCCAUGGGGAGUACAGUGUCCAGGCAACACAUGGCCUUCAUGUGACCCCACCUGCUCCAGGUCACCCGCCUCGGGAGGGAGGACUGAAGCCAGCGCUCAGUUUAGACACGAGGCUCAGCGGGAAGUGGGGACCAUCACUGCCGUUAGUCAGAUGAUCACCAUGUCCCACGGCACGCAGCCGAGCAGCUAUUUCAGUCAUCUUAAUGACUCAACCUGAGAAGUCCUGGAGAUGAUUGAAAUAGCCCAGUCAGCUCCCAGGAGGUGAGCACAGAGCUCCCGAGGACAAGGGCUCCACCGACGUCCUCCCCACCUGGGCAGGUAAGUCUGGGCCCUGAGAGCGAGGUCCUCACCUCAUGUCCCCACAGGUCUUGUGGCUCCUGGGGACUUGGAUACAAGUAUGUGUGUGGCCUGGCACGUGGAGCUCAGCUGGGGCAAGUAGCAGCACUCACCCAUAGGAGGCUCUCAGCCCCAUGGCAGAGCAGGAAUGGAUGCACAGAGACAGAGAGCACCAGCUGGAGAGUGUGACCUGGGUGUGAGUCAUGCUGGAGUUCUGUGUGUGCAGGACCCUCGGCACUCAUACUUGGACCCAUGGCGCCUGAAGAGCAGCAAAACUCACGGAGACAAAGUAUCCAUGGACGCACAGGCACUGAGGAAGAGGCUUGGCCGGGCCAGUGGCGAGGCAGCCCAGGCCCUGCUGGGCAGCCUGCUGUUCUACGUCCUGGACCGCACCGAAGGGCCCCUGAGGGCCAAGGAUGGGGAGCACAGGGCCAGUCACCCAGCCCUGCUCCCAGAGGCCAGCCGGCGGCCCACUCGCUUCCAGCUUCUGCAGGCCAAGUUCAUGGGCAGGGGCAGAGAGCCGCCCCUGAAGAGGAGAGAGGUGGGUCGGCUGAUCCCCAAGGACAGGCAGGGGCCUGGCCGGAGCUUCGUGAAUGCCACCAUCAACAAGCUGCUGGAGAAGGCCCAGGGGAGCGCCAGCAGCCCCAGCCAGAGGCCGGCAGCCCGAGAGAAGCCCCGCUGGGGCGGCCCAGGCGGGAAGGGCACAGUGAAGACCAUCCUGAAGAAGUUCCUGGCAGCAGAGGAGAAGGAGGCCAAGGAGAAGGACACGCGUGAGCAGCCCCCUAGCCUGAGGCCUGGAGCCUCCAGGGGCCCCCCGCCAAGGGUGGGUGGCCGAAGCACCAUCUUGUCCAAGCUUCGGGAGAGGUUUGAACAGAGCGGCUGCCUCCAUGCGGAGGCCAGGAUGUUGCCACUGCGCAAGGAGGACCGGAGAAGCCGGGCCCUGCAGAGGAGGAUGCACCGGCCGGAGGUCCGCAUGCUCCACACGGCCACCAUGGCCACCAGCUGCACCAGGAUGCCCCCCGCCCACUUUCUGGCCUGCACAGCUGAGCCUCUGCCGGCCCUCAGCAUCGCCACCGUGGUGGGCAGCCCCCGCAGCUGGCUGUCCCGCUGCGCCAAGAUCAGUCACCUGGAUGCCAGGCGUCAGGCCAAGGUGGAGGCCAGCCUGUCCCCCAGAGUUCGGCACACAGAGCCUGGUGGGAACAAAACCCCAGGAGUGGAGCUCCUGAGCAGGAAUCCCAGGGAACAGUCCUCUGUGCCCAAGGCCAUGGCUCCUGGAGCCCCCCACAUGGCCCUGAGUACAGCAGGUGGCCCCCAGCCAGAAUUCUCCUGUGCUUCCCUCGAAGACAGAGCCCUUAAUGGCGACGCACCGACUGUGGCCAUGCUCGACCCAGCCAGCCCCGGUGGUGCUGAGCCAGCUGCAAGGGACAGGAUAGUGGGCUCCAGGGCAGCAGGGGAGGCAGACCGCAUCUGGGGAGAGGGGGAAGGCACAGGGGAGGGCCCCCAAGUCACCAUGACCGUGUGUAGCUCUGAGGAUGAGGCAGAAAGUGUUCUUCCAGCCUCUGAGAAGGAGCCCCUCUUUGCCAUCCAGAGGUGGCUGCCCACGCUCCAGCAGGGAGCUGAAGCCCAUGUGCCCCCAGCCCCAUCAGGUGUUCGGGCAGAACAGCGCACACAGCCUGGCAUGGUGUCUCCACAGAUAACUGUGCAGCUUCCUGUCAUCCUUGAAAUGCCAGCCCCACCCGUGCCCCAGCCCAGCACGCUGAGCUACGAGGCCUGGUAUCCUCAGGGGUCACAGGGAGAGGCUGUGAUGGACAGGGUGGCAGCAGGGAACCCUGACAACAGGGAUGCCCCAGCCCUGGGAAAGCUAAGCAGGCCAGGCCAGGUGCCAGAGAGCUCUCUAUCUUCAGGGCUGGGACCACAGGGAGCCCUGAAAGAUGCUGCUGGCUUGGACUCCAGUGCCCCACAGACAGUCCUGACCCCAAAGCCCCCAAGUUCUCCCAGUGGAAAGAGAGACUCCUGCAGCCAUCCCGGGCCUUCAGGACCUGCCAUCUCUGUGCACAAUGGUGAGACACAGCUGCUGACAGAAUCAAAUGAAACACAGACACCUCAUAAGACCUCCUCAUCCCAUCAUCCCCCAGCAUGGGAAAGCCGUCUAGCGGGGAGCUCCCACCCUACCCCUGCUUGCCUGCCAGGGUCAGGUCCCCAGGAGAGAGGAUCCUUGCUGGCAGCCCCCCAGGGUUGCAGACAACUUGAGAUUUGCCCAUCUGUAGACCAGAGCAUCCACUGUGGGCAAGAAGAGCGUCCCGGGCUCCCAACAGAGCCGGCUCCACCCCUGGGGAUGGCCCCAGGGAACUCCAGCCAUGACCUGGGCAAGAACAAAGUGUCUUGGCUAGGGGGCCAGCCCAAGACAGGCAUCCCCGCCUCCAGGGAGACAGCCAUUGCUGGGAAUGUCCCGGAUCCCACAGUGCCACGGUCAGGCGCCCAGAAAACACCACAGGUGUCUGCCCAGAUGGUGCCACAGGCUGGCACCCAGGUCCUGAAAAACAAAGCAGCAGAACCAGCCACUUUGGGUGAGGAAGGAGGCAGAGCGCCACCCAUGCACCCCUGUGCCACCGCAGGAAAGGGUCUCCCCCAGGAACGUGCACCAAGUGGACCCUCAAUGCACAGGGUCGGGGCCACAGAAGGGGGUGUCCGGGGCCCCGCGUGGGUGCCCCCCAUCGUGCAUCUGGAGUAUGCCACUAACCCUGGCCGGCCACUCACUGUGUCCAGACCGUGUGCCCCAAACAGGUCGGGAGCCAGCAGCCCUCAUGUCUCCACAGAGAACAAGGAUGUCCACGCCAUGGAAGGGGAUACUCUGUGCAACAGCAUGACUUCCCGGACACCAACUGCCAGGCGCUCCCAGGAGUCUCCAGGCUGCGACCUAGGCCAGCCACGGUGGCCCUCUACAGAGGCACAGGCAUGGGACCCACAGCCUCAACCCCGCACGGUGCGCCUCCCUACACACCCUACAGGUCCGGCCCCCACCAAGGAAGCCUGGCCUGACCAGCAAGCCCUGGAGCUUCCUACCCCUGGCCAGCAGGCAGAGCCCAGCGCUGUGCCCAAGGUGAAGAGCUCAGGCCCCGCCCCAGCAGGCAUGGGCCCACCAGAGAGUCACUGUGGACCCGUGUACUCACAGCAGACAGGACAACAGGACAGUCUUCAAACAAUGGCAACACCUUUGGGCCAGGAGGCCAGGAGAUGCAAGCCAGAGCCUUGGGCAGCUCAGGACCUGGCAGGGAGCGAGAAGCCAGCAACAAGGGAGAAGCCAGGCACUGUCAGAACCAAAGAUCAGGAGCAUCCGCCGGGGCCCAGGGUCAGGCAGGUGGGCAGCCCAGCCCAGGAGGAUGGCACACAGGCUGUAGGGAGCCCUGCUGCACAAGACCAGGGCCAGGCCAAGAGAACAGUGCCCCAGGCCAGGGGCCAGCCUGGCAACACUGCCAAGGGAGCACCUAUUGCUGGCACCAGCAGGGACCCCUCAGUGCCGGCCCCCAGCCUCGGCAGCCCAGGCAAGACCGGCACCAGGCGCCCCUCCCAGGGAGACAAGAGUGCAGCAACUUGUCUCCCAGAGCCGACAGACAGCCCCACCCCCGCCACACCUGACGUGUGGAGCCACCAGGCCCCUCAGGCCCAGGCUCAGGCGGGGGCCCCAGACACGCCAGGGGCAGAGAGGGACCAGCCAGACUGCGAGCGGCGCAGGAGGCUGGUGCACUUCACUAAGUACAAAGCCCAGAGCUUCAGCGACCAGAGAGCCUUUGACCUGUCCUUCAGGUCCGUGAUCCUCAGGGCGAGCGACACCCUCGAGGCCCCCAAGUGAGAGCCCAGCUGGGACCCCAGCACUUCAGCACCCCAGGGUGCAGUAGACGUUUCCUGCCUCCAGGUGCUUCCUGAAGAGAUGUCUAUGCCCAUCUCCCUCUCUCCCUCUCUCCUCCUGCCUGACCUGACCUUGGGUUGACCUUGGGCUGACCUCAGGCUGACGCUGGGGUCCCUCGUGGUACUAUGCAGGUUCCUCCAGCCUCUCGGGACUAGGAAGGUGCCUAGCCGGGUCUGCCAGCUGCCUGCCUGUGGCCCUGUGCCCUCCCAGGGCCUUGUGUUUGAUCUGUGUUGUCCCUGGCAGGGCACAGCUUUGCACACGGCCAUCUCCUGUGUCCUCCCUGUGCUCUGGGGCCUCGCUCCCCACUCCUGCCUGUGCAGCACACCCCGAGCUGCAGGGGUGCCGGGCAGGCAGUCAGAGGCUGCAGCAGCACACGGAGCCUCGGUCAAGAGCUGCUGGUCCCUACCACAGACCACGGGAGAUGCCCAGCAAGACCCAGGAGUCACCACAAGGGUGUCCACCCUGACUCCAGCCACUGCUGCUCAGAAGCUGGCAGUUAGGAGCGCAGCCUCGCCAGCCCACAGCCGCAGAGCCCUGCCUGGCUGCGACCAGCGUCGCCAGUGUUCUUGACCAGCUGCCUGAGCUGCACCAGUCCAGCUGCUCCUGGCUGUCUAGAGUGUCUGUUCCUAUGGAUCAAGAAUCAUAGCACAGCCUCCUGGUGGGGGUCCACAAUCGAGGGACCUGCAGGAGAGCUGCAGAUCCACCUCUGCGGAUCAGUUUCUGCUCUGUCAAGACUGCAUUCGCAACUGAGCAAAUCUUUCUUUCUUUCUUUCUUUCUUUCUUUCUUUCUUUCUUUCUUUCUUUCCUUCUUCUUUCCUUUCCU